AUGCUAAAGGCGAUGCUCUUAUGGACGAUUAGCGACUUUCCUGCUUACGGGAAUCUAGCUGGAUGUAAAGUGAAGGGAAAGAUGGGGUGUCCUGUCUGUGAAAAGGAUACAGACUCUAUGUGGUUGAGUAACAGCAGAAAGCACGUUUACAUGUGCCACAGAAAGGGUUUGUCACCUGGUCAUAGGUUCCGGUUUAAGAAGACUUGGUUUGACGGUAAAGCUGAACAUGGGAUAAAGGGUCAGAUCUUAUCUGGUAAAAACCUUUCAGCACUUCUGAAGAAUUUCAAGAACAACUUUGGAAAUUUAAAGGUGACAGGACGGAAAAGAAGCAGAACUGUUUGCGAAGAAGCUGGAUCUGACAGUGAUGAAGCAGCUAGUGAAUCAGAUGACGAGGAAGAUGUAGAGGUAGAUGCAGAAGAGUUGUCAAGAUGGAAGAAAAGGUCAAUCUUCUUCAAGCUGCCUUACUGGGAGGAACUCCCUGUGAGGCACAACUUAGAUGUUAUGCAUGUAGAGCGAAAUGUGGCUGCGAGUAUUAUAGCUACAUUAUUGCAUUGUGGUAAAUCUAAGGACGGUCUGAAAGCUCGUAAGGAUUUACAAGUUCUUGGAAUAAGGAAGGAUCUACACCCUAAACCGAAAGGAAAAAGAACUUACCUACCCGCAGCACCUUGGGGUUUACUACCUAAAGGUUCUCGGAUAGCAAUAAUGCGGUUAUGUUCAUUCUUCAACCAUCUCUGCCAACGAGUUAUCGAUAGAGAGAAAAUCCCUUCGCUGGAGAAUGAAGUUGUGGAAACUCUAUGUAUGUUUGAGAGAUUUUUCCCACCAAGCUUCUUCGACAUCAUGGUUCAUCUAUGCGUUCAUCUAGGCAGGGAAGCAAGACUAUGUGGACCUGUACAUUUUCGAUGGAUGUAUCCAUUUGAAAGGUACAUGAAGGUGCUGAAAGACUUCGUAAGAAACCCUGCGAGACCUGAGGGAUGUAUAGUGGAGUGUUAUCUUGCGGAAGAGUGCAUGCAAUUCUGUAGUGCGUUCCUUAAAACCACUACAAAUGUACAAGAAACAGCUGAGCGAAAUUCUGAGUAUGAGCCGAGUUCUAUAUUGGAGGGCUGUCCACUAUCUGCAUCUACGCCAUUUAACCUCACUGAAAUGGAGUUAAAGAUAGCCCACCUAGCUGUUAUUCAGAACAUGGCCCUAGUCGAUCCUUAUGUCGACAAGCAUCUACAACAUCUGCAAGACUCUAAUGCAAGAUGCAGACGUGAUGCGAGUACACUUUGGUCUAUGCAUAUUCAGAAUUUUGAUUCAUGGUUAAAACAGCAGAUACCUCUGCUUUCUGAAGAACAUGAUCACACGCUAAAAUGGUUGGCAUAUGGUCCAAGAAACACUGCUAGAUCUUACACAGGCUAUAUAGUAAAUGGUCUACGAUUUCAUACGAACGCAGUAUGUAGGCUAAGUCAGAAUAGUGGUGUUUUCUAUGAGGUGACAUCUAUGUGUAGAGCGAGUGCGAAAGACAUUUCACAAGUAGUUGAUCUGGUUUCGUACUACGGAAGAGUCAUUGACAUUAUACUAAUAGACUACAACGUCUUCUACAUUCCUCUGUUCAAGUGUCAGUGGGCAGUCAGGGGAAACGGAGUGAAGGUGGAAGAUGGAUUCACUCUAGUUAAUCUGAAUCAGAAUCAAAUAUCUUUUUCGAAAGAUCCAUACAUACUAGCCUCUCAAGCUAAGCAAAUUUUCUACUCAAGAGAUGAUGAGGCAUCGAGUUGGUAUGUUGUAAUGCGAGGACCAUCGAGGAGAUACACUGAUGAGGAUGCAUCUUGUGUAGACUCAGAUGUUGGGCCUUUACCAUCUACACAAGACAUGGGAACAGAUGACUUACAAGAUGAGGGUCAUAAUGCGCAGAGUGACUGUGAAGGAAUUUAUGUUGAAUGA